AUGACUCCCCAGCCGUUUCGCUUCACGGAUCUCCCGAGCGAGCUCCGUAAUCGCAUCUACCACUUGCUGCUCGCCGCUCUGGAAGAGCCUGAGGACUUUUCCACGUCGCCGUUGGUGACUGUCCCGAAGACCAUCACCAGGGCCAAGCACCAUGUGCAGACAUCGAUCCUCGCCGUGAGCCGCCAAAUCCACGCCGAGGCAAAAGAUGUCCUCCAUAGAGAAAACAAAUUCGUCAAAUUUGGAGCCACCCUGGCCAUGCCGAAUGUUCGCGUGCUGAAGUCUCUCAUCAAAAGUAAACGCGUCCCGGUCUUUACUACAGAUAGAACGGUCAUGGACAGAUUCAAUGGCCACGUCAUAUCCUACGCUCUUUUGGAACGGCCUACAGAUCUUCCCAAAUCCUCCUUCUACUGUUUGAUCUCUCACCGCCACCUGGAUCUUUUCUGUCGCGGUCUCGCCAAUGCGGAGAUCGCAACACCAGGGUUCUGGACCAACAUCACCCACACCAUCACUCUGUGCGCUCCUUACCAAAUAUCUCCCUCUGCUGCAACAAGCCACCAAGGAAAUCUUGUCGCGCCGUUUUGUAGACACCUUCGUGGGCUUCAUGCCGUUCUCGUCCGGGGCGAGAUCGACCACUCUCUUGCCACAAUCGUGGCUGAGCGGCUCAAAGCCCUGGUAUCCGAGGACCCUCAGAUAAUUCUCGAAAAUCUCGCGGCUCUCAAGGAGGCUGGGAAUGAUUUCUUCAGGCAAGGAGAUUCUCGAAUGUGCAGUGAGUCCUGGGCCAGGGCAUGCAUGGAAAUCAGGCGUGUCCGCGGUGGAGCCAUGUGGAAGACCCUCACUUCCGAUCCGGCGUUUGCCAGGGAUCUGACGGAGCUCUAUUUCAUCUUGAACCUGAAUCUAUCUCAAAACACAAUCAAAAAUAUGGAAGGACACUCGAACCACCCGGAUCUUGUCGCGGAACUGGCAAACUCGGCGCUAAUCGCACUGGAGAACGCCUUUGAGGGACUAUCUGAUUGUCAUAGUUAUUGGCAGCCCAGCGAUGCUCAAAUGGCAAAGCUCUGGUAUAGGAAGUCAAAAACCCAUAGGCUCUGCAGUGAUUAUGGUGACGCUCUGCAGGCUAUCACUUUUGCAGAAAACCUAUUGCCUGACGAUGCCAUGAUCCAGCAAGAGAGGAGGACUAUUAAGUCCAGGAUGCCCUAA